AUGGAGACUUUGUGCCCUACUCCCCGCCUGGCAGUGCCGGCGUCCCCACGAGGGUCCCCCUGCUCCCCCACUCCCCGGAAGCCGCGUCGGGGGACCCAGGAGUUCUCUCCGCUGUGCCUGCGUGCCCUUGCCUUCUGCGCCCUUGCCAAAUCCCGGGCGUCCGCACUGGGCCUGGGACCUGGGGAACCGGCGCCGCGGGCCCCCGUGCUGCUGGGCCCUCGCGCCUCCCCGUGCACCAGCAGCUGGGCCCCGGAUGACCUGAAGCACCUCGGGGGGCAGGCCGGGCGGUUCGGCGACCCGGACUCCCCGGAGGGCGAGGAUGCCGACGUUGCCGUGUGCCCGGGCGGCGGCGAAGAGGAAGAGGGCGGAGGCAGUUUCCCGCACUUCGGUGCUCGCUCCUGCGCACCUCCCGGCCGCUGCCCGGCGCCCUGGCGUCCCCAGGAAUCUGCGACAAGCUUCUCCUUGUCUCCGCCUAGGCCAGCGCCGGGUCUCGAGUCCCAGCCCGAUCCAGCCGCCAGCCCGCCUCAGGAGCUCGGUUCCCGGCCUCCGCCGCCACCUGCGGGCCUCUCCACCGAGCCCAAGACUCCGGAGCGGUCCCCUCCGGGCCAGGCAGCCGCAGUCGAUGGAAAUCCCCCGCCUGCCGCCCCCGAGGCAUCAGCCGUUAGCCCCUCGACGGCCAGCGCAGCCCCGGCCGCGCCCGGCGAUCUCCGCCAGGAACAUUUCGAUCGUCUCAUCCGCCGGUCGAAACUUUGGUGUUAUGCGAAGGGCUUCGCCCUGGACACUCCGAGUUUGCGCCGGGGACCGGAGCGGCUGCCAGCGAAAGGGCCGGCCCGGGGAGCCAGCAAGAAACGCCGGCGGCCGGCGCCGCCCCAGCGCAGAGCGCAGCCCCGCCGCCCCGCACCGACUCUCCCCACCUCGAGCACCUUCAGCCUCCUCGACUGCUUCCCCUGCCCCCCGUCCCUGGUGGUGGGCGAGGACGGAGAUUUAGCGCCGGCAUCCUCACUUCGCCUGGGAGACGCUAAGCCGCCGCCUGCCCACCCGCUGUGGAGGUGGCAGAUGGGGGGGCCCGCUGUCCCUGAGCCCCCCGGACUCAAAUCCUGGGGUUUCAACCUGGAAUAA